AUUUCUAGCAUCAAUUGAAUCAGGAAGGAGUAGCCUCAGAAAAUUUCUCAUAAUUGAUGUUUUUUGUAUUUUUACAUUGGUAGUCGUUGUUUCCUUUUCAGCGUCCGCCAUAGCAGGAUUCCUCAUCGGUAUUCGUGUCUCUAGGGGUUUGUUUUAGCUUAAUUUCAUCAAAUCAGGAUUUUGAAAGAUGACUUGCAAACGUAGGAAUGGAGGACGUUCAAAGCAUGGCCGUGGUCAUGUGAACCCGGUUCGUUGCACAAAUUGUGCUCGUUGUGUUCCCAAAGACAAGGCAAUCAAGAAAUUUGUUAUCCGCAACAUUGUGGAAGCAGCUGCCGUCAGAGAUAUCACUGAAGCUAGCGUAUACACAGGUUACCAGCUGCCCAAGCUGUACGCCAAGCUCCACUACUGUGUGUCCUGCGCCAUCCACUCGAAGGUCGUCAGGAACAGGUCCAAGGCCAACCGAAGGAUCAGAAGCCCACCAACCAGGAACUACUCCAGGGAACCGAUGAGGCAAGGUGGUCAGCAAGUCAGGAAAUGAGAUUGUGAAAGUGUUAUUUUCAUUUUUAAACAAUAAAAUGGUUUCUUGAAACUUA